AUGGAAGGAGAGAACAUACUGAACUCCACUGUAAAUGCCAGUACAAUGGAUAGCCACCUAGUUCCUCACAGUCUCUGGGAGGUGAUCACUAUUGCGACUGUGUCAGCUAUAGUCAGUCUCAUCACCAUUGUGGGGAAUGUCCUGGUGAUGCUCUCCUUUAAAGUCAACAGCCAGCUAAAGACAGUGAAUAAUUACUACCUGCUGAGUCUGGCAGCUGCUGACCUCAUCAUAGGCGUUUUCUCCAUGAAUCUGUAUACCUCUUACAUACUGAUGGGCUAUUGGGCCUUAGGGAACCUCGCCUGCGAUCUGUGGUUGGCGGUGGACUAUGUAGCCAGUAACGCCUCAGUCAUGAACCUGUUGGUGAUCAGUUUUGAUAGAUAUUUUUCCAUCACCAGACCUCUGACCUACAGGGCCAAACGGACUCCCAAACGAGCCGGGAUCAUGAUAGGUUUGGCCUGGCUGGUUUCACUUAUCCUUUGGGCCCCCCCUAUUCUAUGCUGGCAGUACUUUGUAGGAAAAAGGACUGUCCCUGAGAGGCAAUGCCAGAUCCAGUUUUUCUCUGAGCCUGUGAUAACCUUUGGGACAGCAAUUGCUGCCUUUUAUAUCCCUGUAUCUGUCAUGACAAUCCUAUACUGUCGAAUCUACAAGGAGACAGAGAAGAGAACCAAAGAUCUGGCGGAGUUGCAGGGGAUUAACUAUCCCACAGAACCUGGGGUCACCCAGCCUCAGAAGACCAUUAUCAGAUCCUGUUUUAGCUGUAAAUUAAGAUCGGCUUCAAAUGACAGGAAUCAAGCCUCUUGGUCUUCCUCCAGCAGAAGCAAUGCUGCCAAAUCAGCAGCCACCACCAAUGACGAGUGGUCCAAAGCUAGUCAGCUGACCACCUUCAACAGUUACGCCUCCUCCGAGGAUGAAGACAGGCCUGUGUCUCCAGGUGGAUUCCAGGUGCCCUCCUUCAGGAACCAGGCUUGUGAGACCAUCAAGACUGGGGUGGGCAGCGAGAACGAGCAGCUCAGCAGCUAUGAAGAGGAUAGCUUCUUCCAGACACCACCCAAAAGUAACUCUCAGAGGAGUAGCAAGUGUGUGUCUUACAAGUUCAAGCCUGUGGCCAAAGACACUCACGUGGAACACCACAGCAAAAACGGAGACACCAAAAUGGCUUCGUCAACGUUCUCCUCGGCUGAGUCCAUGAGCGUUCCAUCCACCUCGUCGGCAUCUAAGCCCAUAGACGCCACGCUGAAGAACCAGAUCACGAAGAGGAAGCGGAUGGUGCUGAUCAAGGAGAGGAAGGCAGCUCAGACUCUCAGUGCUAUCUUGCUGGCCUUCAUCCUAACAUGGACGCCUUAUAACAUCAUGGUGCUUAUUUCCACCUUCUGCUCAGACUGCAUUCCCCUCUCGCUCUGGCAUCUGGGCUACUGGCUGUGCUACGUCAACAGCACCGUCAACCCCAUGUGCUACGCGCUUUGUAACAAGACUUUCCAGAAGACCUUCCGUAUGCUCUUACUUUGCCAGUGGAAGAAGAAAAGGAUUGAGGAGAAACUAUACUGGUAUGGGCAAAAUCCAGUGGUCAGCUCUAAACUGACAUGA